GACAUAAGGAGGACCAGGUCACUUUUGCAGGAACAGGAAGACAGGGAGAGUUCAAUGUGGUCCUUGGUCAGGACCUGGAACCUCCAUAUACCAUUCUUUAGGGUCAGAAAGGCUGCUACAAAGAAAGGCAAUCCCAAGGGAGGAUUUGCUCACUGAAUUCUGGAUGAAAUAACUUGGGAACUCCUGUGAGAUAGAGUAUUUCUUUUUUUCUCCCUAUGCAGUCUCUCAGAAUGCUCCAAGAGGGUUUAGCUUUCCAAGUCAGAAGAUUCUCAGCACAGCCAAGUAGGCCUGGAGUAUUAGAAAUCUUUGUCUUAAUCUCAAGAGGCAAUCUCUGCUUCAUGACCAAGUACAGACCUGCUUCCUCUAUUGAGAAGCCCUUGUUGUCUAGAAGCCUCUAGCAGCCUUAUCAUUUUCUUUGUAUCCCUUCAAAUAAAAAAAUUUUGAGAGAAUCAUCAGGUAACGUGCCUUUUCAAGACACUUAAAAUAUCUCCAUCCUAACAUAAUACAGUUAUUCCCAAACAGUAACCUCUGAUUUACUUCUGUCUUCUAAGUAGUCACAGGUCUGUCACUGAGAUCUAUACAUUUAUUUAUAACUAACCAAAGUUUAUUCCUGAGCAUUUGUUCUCGGAGAAGGAGCAUACAAUACAUAUACUGCAGAUGAAUAUUCACUUCAGAAGUGGUCUUAAUAUCCUGAUAACCUCUUCUUUUGUGAUUGUAUCAAAAGGCAACAUCCUGAAGCAGUAUCACACAGAAUUAUUCUAAGGACAUGCCAGGAGGAAAAAUGGCCAAAUCCUUCCCAGUACUCUGCUCACUUCUGUCCUUUAUCGUGAUACAUUUGACGUUACCUUCUGGCCCUCCACACUGGUGGCCACCACAUGGAAAUAUUAAGGUGAAAUGUCCAUAUAAGAAAGGAUUGAGUUGGUUCAAUGGAACAGUGAACCCCUGCCCUGGUAUAUAUCAACCCAUCUGUGGCAACAAUUUGGUAACCUAUGAAAAUCUCUGCAUCUUGUGUGUUGAGAGCAUGAAAUCUCAGGGAAAAAUUAAUUUGCAUGAUGGAAAAUGCUGAGUGGACUCAGACAUGAAAGAAGUACCUUUUUUUUAUCUUUCCAUUGAGAAAAUCCUUCUCUUGCAACUCACCCCUCCUUAGAUGUGUUCUUAGUGACAGAGAGCUACCCCUAGUGAACUUGCAGACCUCUCCCCUCAUUGAUUCGCUGCCUUCCAUAUUCUCCCUAAUAAAUAAACUUUUCUGAAAGUCUCAUUUAACAUGGGUCUCAGAUCCGUAUCUCAAGCCUCAGAAGUAGAACAAAAUGAACAUUUGAGCCAAAGAUCAGAGACAAACACAGGGCUUAAUCAGGUCUCUGAUACUGUAAACUGUGGAAUAACCUAUCAAUAUGUAAAGGCUCCUGGUUGUCUUCCAAAGAACACAACAGAAAUUUCUUCCAUAUUCCUUCAGAAUUAAAAAUAAAUAUAUAUUAAUAGGAAAUGUGCCUAAAAUAACCAGCUGAGCUUCCCCUCGCAGCUGUAACCAGAGUAGUCAUCCAUCUACCAGCUCUAGUUUGUCUAAGACAGACUUGGAAUAGAAAAAGUACACCCUGGGAGAGUGCUCUAAGCUUUCACAGCUCUUGUCUGAGAGGAAAUUGCUAUCUAGAAAUUAAAUGAAGGUAUAAGAGCAUUCUCAGAACUACCAGUCUUGCCUGAACCAAGAUGGCAGAGUAGAAGGACGUACUCUCACUCCCUCUUGCGAGAACACCAGAAUCACAACUAGCUGCUGGACAAUCAUCAGCAGGAAGACACUGGAACUCACCAAAAAGAUACCCCACAUCCAAAAACAAAGGAGAAGCUACAGUGAGACGGUAGGAGGGGCGCAAUCACAGUAAAAUCAAAUCCCAUAAAUGCUGGUGGGUGACUCACAGACUGGAGAACACUUAUACCACAGAAGUCCACCCAGUGGAGUGAAGGUUCUGAGCCCCACAUCAGGCUUCCCAACCUGGGGGUCCGGCAACAGGAGGAGGAAUACCUAGAGAAUCACACUUUGAAGGCUAGUGGAAUAUGAUUGCAGGACUUCAACAGGACUGGGAGAAACAGAGACUCCACUCUUGGAGGGCACACACAAAGUAGUGUGUGCAUCGGGACCCAGGGGAAGGAGCAGUGACCUCGGAGGAGACUGAACCAGACCUACCUGCUAGGGUUGGAGGGUCUCCUGCAGAGGCAGGGGAGGCUGUGGCUCACCAUGGGGACAAGGACACUGGCAGCAGAAAUUCUGGGAAGUACUCCUUGGUGUGAGCCCUCCCAGAGUCUUCCAUUAGCCCCACCAAAGAGCCCAGGUAGGCUCCAGUGUUGGGUGGCCUCAGGCCAAACAACCAACAGUGAGGGUACCCAGGCCCACCCAUCAGCAGUCAAACGGAUUAAAGUUUUACUGAGCUCUGCCCACCACAGCAACACUCAGCUCUACCCACCACCAGUCCCUCCCAUCAGGAAACUUGCACAAGCCUCUUAGAUAGCCUCAUCCACCAGAGGGCAGACAGCAGAAGCAAGAAGAACUACAAUCCUGCAGCCUGUGUAACAAAAACCACAUCCACAGAAAGAUAGACAAGAUGAAAAGGCAGAGGGCUAUGUACCAGAUGAAGGAACAAGAUAAAACCUCAGAAAAAUAACUAAAUGAAGUGGAGAUAGGCAACCUUCUAGAAAAAGAAUUCAGAGUAAUGAUAGUGAAGAUGAUCCAGGACCCUGGAAAAAAGAAUGGAGGCAAAGAUCGAGAAGAUGCAAGAAAUGUUUAACAAAGACUUAGAAGAAUUAAAGAACAAAUAAACAGAGAUGAACAAUACAAUAAAUGAAAUGAAAACUACACUAGAAGGAAUCAAUAGCAGAAUAACUGAGGCAGAAGAAUGGAUAAGUGACCUGGAAGACAGAAGGGUGGAAUUCACUGCUGCGAAACAGACUAAAGAAAAAAGAAUGAAAAGAAAUGAAGACAGCCUAGGAGACCUCUGGGACAACAUUAAAUGCAAAAACAUUCGCAUUAUAGGGGUCCCAGAAGGAGAAGAAAGAACCCGACAAAAUAUUUGAAGACAUUAUAGUCGAAAACUUCCCUAACAUAGGAAAGGAAAUAGCCACCCAAGUCCAGGAAGCGCAGAGAGUCCCAUACAGGAUAAACCCAAGGAGAAACACACCGAGACACACAGUAAUCAAAUUGGAAAAAAUCAAAGACAAAGAAAAAUUAUUGAAAGCAGCAAGAGAAAAACGACAAAUAACAUACAAGGGAACUCCCCAUAAGGUUAACAGCUGAUUUCUCAGCAGAAACUCUACAAGCCAGAAAGGAGUGGCAUGAUAUACUUAAAGUGAUGAAAGGGACGCACCUACAACCAAGAUUACUCUACCCAGCAAGGAUCUCAUUCAGAUUCAAUGGAGAAAUCAAAAGCUUUACAGACAAGCAACAGCUAAGAGAA